GUGGGGUCACACGCGUCCUUCUCCCGCACGGGCCCGCGCGCGGCCCUGGGCGCGACCGGAAGCAGCGUGGGCGAAGCUGGGAGCGGGGCUCGCGGGGCGCUGCGGCGGGCGGCCCUUUGCGGGGGACGGGGAACUGAGACCCUGAGGCCGGGCCCCGCGCGUGCACCGCCCCGGGCCGCCGCUGCCGGUGCUGUUUUACUCGGCACUUGGGAGGACCUAACUCCUCGCUUAGGUACGGCCUAGCCCCAACAUAGGAGGGUAAAAAACUCAAACGUGUUGGUGCCAGCUCUGUGCGUUCCCACAGGGAGCCAAGAAGGCGAAAUAAAACAAGCACAUGACCAUUGCGAGACUCUGGAACUUCCAAGGCCAAGUCUGUACCUCUUGUGGUGAUGGUAUGAACUACCCACUAUCUUUACAAUCUCUUUUUUGCUUACAUCAGCCUCAGAAGAGAACAGUCACCACACUCAUGGCAGGGAUUUUGCGCUCAAUAGUUCAGAGGCCCCCAGGCAGACACCAAACUGUGACAAAAGGUGUGGAGUCUCUUAUUUGCACGGAUUGGAUUCGUCACAAAUUUACCAAGUCAAGAAUUCCAGAUAAAGUAUUUCAGCCUUCACCUGCAGAUCAUGAAAAAUAUGGUGGGGAUCCACAGCACCCUCAUAAACUGCAUAUUGUUACCAGAAUAAAAAGUACAAAAAGACGUCCAUAUUGGGAAAAAGAUAUAAUAAAGAUGCUUGGAUUAGAAAAAGCACAUACUCCUCAAGUUCACAAGAAUAUCCCUUCAGUGAACGCAAAACUGAAAGUGGUUAAACAUUUGAUAAGGAUCAAGCCCCUGAAGUUGCCCCAAGGACUUCCAGCUGAGGAGGACAUGUCUAACACGUGCCUCAAGAGCACUGGGGAAUUAGUGGUGCAGUGGCAUCUAAACCCCAUAGACCAGGAAGCAGUUAAGUCCUAAGGCCAGAGCAGUUUCAUAUUAAAAAAUGCAAAUCAUUUUUAUUUAAAGGUAGUGAGAAAGUGUUCUCAUUAAAAUAUAUUUUAAAUACUAGUCCUUUUCACUGGCUAAACAUGGUGUGAUUCUUCUUUAUAUAGGCUUGGAGGUUUCAGUGCUGCUUUUUGGUUUAACACUCUCUCCCUCUGACCGUUUCACUGCAGAAUGGGCAAGAAUAGUGUUAUUUGAACAUCUGGGUCUAGAUGUCACCUUAGCAGUCACCAUUGACUUUUUUUAAAAAUACUGUUUUCUCUUUUAAUU